AUGCUCCUCCUACUUUGCUUCUCCCUCUGCGUCGCCACUGUAUUUUCUGACGAAAAGGCUCGUUUGCUAAAGGUGUUCAUUUAUACCCGCCACGGGGCUCGAUCCCCAUACACUGCCUUUCCACGAGACAAUGUAUCAUGGUACUGCGACGAAAUCACGGCGGAUUCGGUUGCCUAUGCUUCUGAAGGGAUAAUGCAAGAGAUCGGGAAGGGUUUUCUGCAUUUAUACGACAAGUCAAACGUCCUUCCUGGAACCUGCUACCAAGGCCAACUAACAAGCGUUGGCUUAGCCGAACAAUACCUGCUUGGAACUAAAUAUCGGUAUAAGUACAUCCAUGCGCUCCGCUUUGCACCAAAAGAGUUCGAUCCUAGCUUUUUCCGUUUGCGCUCCACAGACAUUACCCGGACCAGGCAGUCUUUAGCAUCUCAGCUGCUAGGCUGGUAUGGGGACUCUAUUUCUCACAAGCAUCUUCACCCAGUAAUUAACAUUCAAGAAAAAGACACCGAUCCUCUCGCAGAUCAAAGCUGGUGCAUCGCCUUCUCAUCAGUUAAGAAACGCCUCCAGGUUACCAAUUUAGACCUUAUCGCCGUCCACAGUGAUCGGCUUCAUGAGCUGCAAAACAUACUUGGAUAUGGAGGAGACGAGGGAGAUGACGAGUACGACUUGUGGUAUACCAUUUGGGAUAACUUGAUAACCAGAACAUGGCUUGGGAUGUCUUUGCCUCAGAACGUCACAUAUGCAGAUGUCGUCACCGGGAACAAUGUUGCAGAUAUUUUCACUGCACUCCUUUACUGCAAUAAGGACCCCAGCGUCUCCAUGUUUAUGAAGCGGGCUAGAAUAGGUCCUUACAUUGCAGAAUUGAUGGGCUUACUCACCGCGGAAGACGGCCCUAGAGCUGAGAAGAUUCACAUCACUGCUUGCCAUGACACAACCAUCAUGCCUCUCAUGGCCACCUUUGCAGAGUCCAACUGGGACUGCAACUGGCCUCCUUAUGCAUCUCAUAUUGAGCUAGAGAUUUGGGAGCACGGGUCCGAAAAGUAUGUGAGGCUCUACUAUAUGGGCAAACGUGUUUUACCUGCUGGAUGCACUGAUAGUCGCAUAUGUCUUCUUGACGACUUCAUUAGUAAGAUUCGCGAGGUGUCCGUGCCAUAUGAGGAUUGGAAUAGCAUUUGUACGGUCGAGAAGUGA